GUAGACUGCAUUUCGAUUGGCCUGUUUGUCAUUCACUACAAGCCCCGCCUCCUUCAGAGGAGCAUACUUAUCUGGCUGUCGCAGUGAACAAUAAACUUGAACACCACAGACGCCAAAAUGAUCAACUGGAAGGCUUUGGACAAUGUCCCCCUCCUUCUGUACAUCCUGGCCCUGAAGACACUGCUGCUGUGUAUGGCGUUUGCCGGGGCGAAGAUCUACCAGAGUAAGAAAGCAGACCAGGCCCUGAAGAAGCAGCAGGAGGAGAAGAGGAGGCUGGCCCAGCAGACGCAGGAGCUCCUAGACAACAAGAAGGAGGACUGAGCAGAGACGAGAAGCUGCUCCACACAGGGAAACACGUCACCGACCUGAGGAACCAAGCCACUCACUCCGCACACGAGCCUGUCGUGUCUGACUGCCAGCAACAGGAGGACCUUCCUGUGCUUUAGGAAAUUGUGGUUCCAGUACCAGUUUUAUAUAUUAUAUAUAUUGGGCAAAUGUUUGACUGAACCAGAUUUUUAUGAAAUGAAGUUAUAGCAGUAACCAUGUGGUCUCACUGAAGUGAGACUAAGAUAAGGGGACUGUCAGUAAAAGAACCACAGCAGAGUCGGGUACAACACGUCCACUCCUUUUUCAGCCUCAUCUUUUGUCUUGUCAAGAUUCAACACUAACAAGCUUCACCUUGUACACCGGGAUAGUGGUAGAAUCAAGUCUACAUAUUUUUAAGAAUACAGCAUGGUAUUUAUUCUGUAAUAUUCUUUGUAAUUUGUGUGCCAGCUUUGUGCCAAACUUGUGUAAUUACAUUAAAUAGUUUGUUGCACAUGGUAC